AAAUGAAAGGAGUAAACCUGCGACUAUUAAAACUAGGCUUGCGUUAGAUCUGUGAUAUUAAAACUGCGUCGUUUAAAAGACACCCAGAAGAGAAGAUCGUCGUUGAGCUCUCUCUACCCCUACGAUCAAGACUACCAGACACAGAGAGACAAAAAAGAGAGAGCUCUCUGUGCAACACCUCCAACAUCCUUCGAAAGCAAUCCAAUUUAUGGUUUAUCCCCCAAAUCUGUAGCAGCUAAAUGCCGUUCCGAUCUCUACGAUACUUACGUUUACAUCAUUUCCCUUCAGAUCUUUCCGAUUAAUCUCAGUAACGCCGAUCUGAUCAGUGAAUGGCAGGGGCGGUCUCCGCGCUGUUUCUUUUAGACAUAAAGGGGCGUGUUCUUGUAUGGCGCGACUACCGUGGGGAUGUCUCUGCUGUCCAGGCCGAACGCUUCUUCACAAAGCUUAUCGAGAAAGAGGGUGAUCCACAGUCUCAGGAUCCAGUUGUUUACGAUAAUGGAAUCACUUACAUGUAUAUACAACACAGCAAUGUUUUCCUAAUGACAGCAACGAGACAGAACUGCAAUGCUGCCAGCCUUCUUUCUUUUCUACACCGAGUGGUUGAUGUUUUUAAGCAUUAUUUCGAAGAGUUAGAGGAGGAGUCACUUAGGGAUAACUUUGUUGUAGUGUAUGAGUUACUCGAUGAAAUGAUGGACUUUGGUUAUCCUCAAUACACUGAAGCUAGAAUUCUUAGCGAAUUUAUUAAGACGGAUGCAUACAGAAUGGAGGUCACCCAGAGGCCUCCCAUGGCUGUGACAAAUGCAGUGUCCUGGCGAAGUGAAGGGAUACAUUACAAGAAGAAUGAAGUUUUCUUGGACGUGGUUGAGAGUGUUAAUAUACUUGUUAACAGCAAUGGACAAAUUAUUCGGUCUGAUGUUGUUGGGGCAUUGAAGAUGAGGACUUAUUUGAGUGGUAUGCCUGAGUGUAAGCUUGGCUUGAAUGACAGAGUACUUUUAGAGGCACAAGGUCGAGCAACAAAGGGAAAAUCCAUUGAUUUGGAGGACAUCAAAUUUCAUCAGUGUGUGCGUUUGGCCCGAUUCGAAAAUGAUCGAACCAUUUCCUUCGUACCACCUGAUGGAGCUUUUGACCUAAUGACAUAUAGACUCAGCACCCAGGUGAAGCCUUUGAUUUGGGUGGAAGCUCAAGUUGAAAGGCAUUCUAGAAGCCGUGUUGAGAUCAUGGUAAAGGCUCGGAGUCAGUUCAAGGAGCGUAGCACUGCAACAAAUGUAGAGAUUGAGUUGCCUGUGCCAUCUGAUGCUUCUAGCCCUAAUAUUCGGACAUCACUGGGAUCUGCGUCAUAUGCACCUGAGAAGGACGCUUUGUUGUGGAAAAUAAAAUCUUUUCCUGGUGGCAAGGAGUAUAUGUUGAGGGCAGAGUUCAGUCUUCCUAGUAUAACAGCUGAAGAAGCAGUUCCCGAGAGAAAAGCCCCUAUACGCGUGAAGUUUGAGAUACCCUAUUUUACUGUUUCUGGGAUACAGGUACGGUACCUGAAGAUUAUUGAGAAAAGUGGGUACCAGGCCCUUCCAUGGGUCAGAUACAUAACAAUGGCUGGCGAGUAUGAACUGAGGCUUAUAUGAAUGCUGCUCCUAUCUAUUGAACUUUCCAGUCUCUUGGUCUAUGUAUGAACCUACCUGAGGCAUUAGGGCGAAAUUUCUUCAUAUCGAAGAGUCUCAAAAGAAGUAAUUUCCCGGAAGAAUGUUUUGUUUCAAAAGAUGUUCAUUUUCCCCCGUCUCUCGGCCUCAAUUUUUUUGGUUUGUGCAUUAUAAUUGUUUAGUGUUUAAGGUUUGUAAGAUUCGAUGUUUACCUAGAAAGCCUGUUUAUCGACUUUUUCUUACACAACUCAAUAAUCAAUUUUUGUGUAUCAAAACAUUACAGAUCAUGGAUGCUUUGGGAAAACAAAUUUAGCUCUGUC